UUUUUUUUUGCCUGCACACUGAACAUGACCUAACACUCAUACUCAGUCUCUGCUGGACACAUUCACAAAUUACUAUGCAGUGGUGUUUCCUCAAAUACUGAUUGUGCUUACUAGUUCAUUGAGCAAACUUUCACUAAGAAUGGCCUCCAAUGUAACUCUUCUCAUGCAGCCCCUCUCAGACAUCUCAACCCACCAUGAGAAAACUACAGUGGACAUUGAUGCCAUUAUGGAUACUGUUACCAUUGUCCUCUACACCAUUACCAUUUUCUUCGGCAUCACUGGGAACUCUGUGGUCAUCUGGGUGGCUGGCAUGCAUCUGAAGCCCAAUGUCACUAACGUAUGGCUGGUCAAUCUCGCCAUAGCGGACCUGAUCUUCUGUCUUACCCGUAUAACUUCGCUCCUCAAAAAGCUUUUCUAUGACUACUGGCCUUUUGGACUCUUUCUCUGCAAGUUCAAUGGCUUCUUCAAGUACGCCAACAUGUUCUGCAGUGUUUUUCUUCUGGCUGUCAUCAGUGUAGAUCGAGCGCUCUGCAUCUGGCGUCCAGUGUUCACCAGAGAACGACGGACGUUAUGUGCCGCUCGGGUGGUCAGUGUGGGAGUUUGGAUUAUGGCGGUGAUCUUUAGUUCACCGUACUUUGUUUACCGGCAGGUCUACCUUGGUGACAACAACUUGAGCAAGUGCUCACUGGAGGUGAAAGAAGCAUCAAAGGGUGACAAUUCAGCAAAGAACGCCUUGUACAGCAUUCGCUUCUUAUGUGGAUUCCUGUUGCCCUUCCUGGUCAUCCUGUGCUGCUACAUUAUAGCUGGCGUUGGGAUACGCAGAACAAGGUUGUCUAGAAAAUCGAGGUCUCUCCGGAUUCUCGCUGGACUGGUCUGUGCUUUUUUCUUAUGUUGGGGCCCCUACCACUGCCUACUGCUCGCCAAGAUGGUGGACAAGAAGAGCCAAGCUGUUAAAGUGGGCCUGCCUAUUGCUAAGGGCUUUGCAUAUUUCAACAGCUGCGUGAACCCGGUGAUGUACUUCUGCAUGGGACUGGAUGUUAGGCAACGCUUCAGACAAAGCAUAUCAGGGAUUUAUCGCAGAGCACUUAUGGAAGAAGGCCACACUAUGCAGUCCCAAGAAGGCACUGCAGAAGACAGCUGUAAUUCCAUUCCAAAGACUUCAGGGAUCAUUCGAGACAGAUCUGAGGGCAAGACUAAAGUUUAAAAGAGUUUCAUUGUAAUGCCAUUUUUGCUUUUUGGCAGUACUGGUCAGUGGGGAAAUAUUACAGGGAGGCCGAUAUGUAAAUCAUAUCCAACUGAUCAAAUCCAAAUCUGAAAAAUCACUCUCUUUUUUUUUUUUUUGCUUACAAUCAGACUGUCUUUAAAAUAAUCUUGAUAAUUUAGAACUUUUACUGCGAAAACCAUGUAUAUAUUUGUCAACAUGUAUAAUCAACGUGGAUAUAUUUGUGAGUGUGAUUUUGACACUUUUGCAGAGUGUAGAAUUAUUCCCUAAUUCAUCUGAUAUGCGAUUCCCUGAUCAAUCCUCUAACAGAAACGUGAGGAAGAGGUCAGAUAAAAUAGAAGUUGAUUUUGAUGAUUUUUUAGUUCAAGGGAUACAAAGAGACUGGAGUAGGGAGGUCAAGAAACAGGAGAAGAAGGAACAUCGCAGACGGGCCCAAGAGAGAGCGAGAGGACCAGAAGAUCAUCUUCAAGAUGAAGGCAAUAUUGAGACUGAUGAGAAAACAGGAAACGACAAAUAAAAGAAUAAUGAAAUUAAUAAGAGAGAUGAUUGAAUUAUGUGAUUAUUCAGAUGAACUGCAAAAGUUAACAAAUGAUUUAGAGACAGUGAAACUCUAGACUCCUGUUAUAAAAAUAUGAGUGUUGAAAGCUAUGUAUAAAUAUAUUUUAUGUCGAAACCAUAGAUGAUUAUAAUCUUGUAGGUUUAACGGUUAUAUAGUUGCUGUGCUUAUUUUGUAACAUGACGGUUAAAAGCAAGAGGAUGCACUUUGCAUUUCCAUGCAAGGUGGAACCUUUAGCUAAACCGUGGCAUAAGAUGCUCUUAAUACCUGCUAGAGGUGUUAUAUUGUGGUUUAGGUAUAUAGGUUUAUAUGUUGCUUAUGUUUGAAAAAGGUGUCAUAAUUUUUCCUAUAGUUUAAAAUAGAACUAGACACGCUUGCUAUCUAGAGAUGUUGUAAUAUUUCAGAGGAGGCAGUUACAAGCGGUGCAAGAACUAUAUAAAUGCUUGUUAGACUAUAUGUCAGGGCCGACACUUCGUGGUGAAGACUAUUCGCUAUUAUUUUGUUGUUAUUUGCUUAUGAGUUAUUUGUUUUUAAUAAAACGAAACCAAUGCUUUGGUGAUUCGUUAACCUUUUUAAACAAGUCUCUGAGUGAUUAAUUAAUAAUAAUAAUAACUCGUUAUCUGAACCUGAAUAUAUUCUAAACGAGCUCCAAGAGGUACGAAUUUGACUGAGCCAGGACGGUCACCGGCGGGGAAGCAUCCUGAAUCAUUAACAACAUCCAUCCAAAUAAGAGGUAAAUAUGCAUUCGCUAUUUAUGAGGUACUUAUGGAUGAUGAAGAUGUGAAUUAUGGAUUUUUGGAUCUUUUAACCGGUAUAAAAGCACAACAAGAGCAAAAUAAUACAUGAUUUUGUACAUGAUAAACUUUAGAA